CUCUAAUCCAUACAACAUCUCAGGUUUCACCACAGUCCUAUAAACUUUCCCUUUCACUCUCACAGGUACUCUUCUAUCACAAUGUACUGGAUCCACCACUGCUUAGGAGGUCAUUUAGCAAUCAAUUUCCUGCAUAAGUAGAAUCCAUAUAUUCAUUAUAGCACCUGAACUGUAAAGGUACAGGUGAAGACAAAAGAAAUCACAAACACUAAGGCCAAAUGUCCGGACGUCUGUCCACGAGUCACAGGACAUUUUCUUCAGUGUAUUUCAACAGGGUCAUGCAGUAAGUCAUAUCUGACAGGACUGUGGUUCAGAUUCCUGAGUAAGGUUGCACUGCAGCUUGUGAUUUUAGACAAUUUCUAUUGUUUCCUCAGCUUUCACUUGUAACAAUGGGGACAGGUUAUUGUAUUAAGACCCCUCUUAAAACCACCAUUAAAGUUCCACACUUGACUGAAAUGACCAAACACUGCUGAGAAACAUAAAAACCUUGAUGUGAGUAACAGACUCCAACAGCAGGUGGCGCUUAACCGUGUACACCACCUUAAACCCACAACAGAUGAAGAGGAGCUGCAGGGCUUUUGCCCCUAUUUCUGAAAGGAUUUUCUUUUAGAUAUAUUUAUCUUCAGUCGGAAUAAAAUCUUCAUAAAUUAUGUUUAUUUAAAACAGAAGCUUUUUAUUGUUUAUUUGACUGCGUUUCUCUUUAAUCUCUGAGAACAUUUAUGACCUUCUAAUGGAGUCAGCAGAGGUCCAACCAUGUUCCUGCAGAGAAGCUCCACAUACUCCUGCUGCUGCUGUCUCACAGGCUUGUAGUGAUGCACAGCCUGAAACCUCUGCAGAUACAGAUGGAGGAACAUCAUGCUCUAUGUGUCUCAUCAACCAUGUGGACCAACAUAAACAAAUAAAGAAGGAAGAACCUGAGGAUGAAGGCUACAUAUAUGGUGAAAAUUCAGGUGAAGCAACACCAGACCCUGUGGGACACAUCACCCCUGUGGAAGAACAGAAUUAUGUCAAAAAGGAAGAACCUGAAAAUGAAGAUUAUCUCUGUGGAGAAACAUCAGGCUCUGUGGACACUGUAGACCAACUGAGAGGAUUUCAUAUCAAGCUUGUAAAAAAAGAAGAGUCUGAAGAUGAAGACUUUCCUGUACAAAAACAGAGUGGGAAAAAGACGAUGUCCAGCUACCAGUCUUCACCUGCUUCUGGUGUUCACUUUCUUAUACAUCUCAACAGUGCCUCCACAAGCACAUCAAAAGUUGCCACUCCAAGGAAUAUGAGAGACUUAUAAAUUCAGGAGAGACGAUGUAUCGGAGUGUUGUGCCAUCAAGAAGCCCCAAUAUUGAGCAAGAUGUCUACCAGUGCUUGCAUUGUGAGAAGAGUUUUACUGGCCAGACGAAUCUUAGAAGACACCAGCGCAUUCACACAGGAGAGAAACGCCAUCACUGCUCAGAGUGUGGGAAGAGUUUUAAGCGAAAAAGUCACCUCCGGACUCACCAGCGAGUUCACACAGGAGAAAAGUCAUAUCACUGUUCAGACUGUGGGAAGAGUUUUGGCCAUUCCAGUAGUCUCAAACACCACCAACGCGUUCACACAGGAGAGAAGUCAUAUCACUGUUCAGAGUGUGGAAAAAGUUUUGGCCAUCGCAGUAGUCUCAAACGACACCAGCGUGUUCACGUAGUAGAGAAGCCGUAUCAGUGCUCACAGUGUGGGAAGAGUUUUAAUUGCCAGACAAAUUUCAAAUUGCACCAGGUCACUCACACAAAAGAAAAGCCUCAUCAGUGCUCACAGUGUGGAAUGACUUUUGCCCGUCACAGCAGUCUCCAACGACACCAACGCAUUCACACAGGAGAAAAGCCCUAUCACUGUUCAGAGUGUGGGAAGAGUUUUAUUCAGCAAAGUGAUCUUCAGAUUCACCAACGCAUUCACACUGGAGAGAAACCGUAUCACUGCUUUCACUGUGAGAAGAGUUUCGCCCAGAGGAGUAAUCUCGAACAGCACCAACGCGUUCAUACAGGAGAGAAUCACCUUUCAGAGUGUGGGAAGAGUUUUAUUCAAUAAAUCUAUUUCAACUUA